CCCCAUGGCUGGGCCAGGCGGAGCGGAACCGGCGAGGUGAAGCCCGGGGGCCCCGCAGCCGGAGCGCGUGGCGGGGGCGCCGGCUCCAUGGGCAGCGGCGCACAGCGGCGCGAGGAUGAUGAUGAUGGACGUUAACAGCAGCGGCCGCCCGGACCUCUACGGCCACCUGCGUUCUUUCAUCCUGCCGGAGGUGGGGCGCGGGUUCCCGGACCUGAGCCCCGACGACGACGGGGGCGCAGACCCAGUGGCGAGCUCCUGGACGCCGCACCUGCUGAGCGGCUUCCCCGAGGCGACCGCCAGCCCCGCGCCCACCUGGGACGCGCCGCCGGACAAUGUCUCGGGGUGCGGGGAGCAGAUCAACUACGGCCGAGCCGAGAAAGUUGUGAUCGGCUCCAUCCUGACGCUCAUCACGCUGCUGACGAUCGCGGGCAACUGCUUGGUGGUGAUCUCCGUGUGCUUCGUCAAGAAGCUCCGCCAGCCCUCCAACUACCUGAUCGUGUCCCUGGCGCUGGCCGACCUCUCCGUGGCCGUGGCGGUCAUGCCCUUCGUCAGCGUCACCGACCUCAUCGGGGGCAAGUGGAUCUUCGGACACUUCUUCUGCAAUGUCUUCAUCGCCAUGGACGUCAUGUGCUGCACGGCCUCGAUCAUGACCCUGUGCGUGAUCAGCAUAGACAGGUACCUGGGGAUCACGAGGCCGCUCACCUACCCGGUGAGGCAGAACGGGAGAUGCAUGGCAAAGAUGAUCCUGUCGGUCUGGCUGCUGUCCGCCUCCAUCACCCUGCCGCCGCUCUUCGGGUGGGCCCAGAACGUGAAUGACGACAAGGUGUGCCUGAUCAGCCAGGACUUCGGCUACACCAUCUACUCCACCGCCGUGGCGUUCUACAUCCCCAUGUCGGUCAUGCUGUUCAUGUACUACCAGAUCUACAAGGCGGCGCGCCGGAGCGCCGCCAAGCACAAGUUCCCCGGCUUCCCCCGGGUGCAGCCCGAGAGCAUCGUCUCGCUGAACGGCAUGGGGCGGCUCCAGAAGGAGGUGGAGGAGUGCGCCAACCUCUCGAGACUCCUCAAACACGAGAGGAAAAACAUCUCCAUCUUUAAGCGGGAACAGAAAGCAGCCACCACCCUGGGCAUCAUCGUCGGGGCCUUCACCGUGUGCUGGCUGCCCUUCUUCCUCCUCUCCACUGCCAGGCCCUUCAUCUGCGGCACCUCCUGCAGCUGCAUCCCGCUGUGGGUGGAAAGGACAUGCCUGUGGCUGGGCUACGCAAACUCGCUCAUUAACCCUUUUAUAUAUGCCUUCUUCAACCGGGACCUGCGGACCACCUACCGCAGCCUGCUCCAGUGCCAGUACCGGAACAUCAACCGGAAGCUCUCGGCGGCGGGCAUGCACGAGGCCCUGAAGCUCGCCGAGAGGCCCGAGAGGCCCGAGUUUGUGCUACAAAACUCUGACUACUGUAGAAAAAAAGGUCAUGAUUCAUAAUCCAAACUGGAAUAAUGGAGAUGAAAUACACAAGGCAAAACAGGUGGAAGCAGAAUGAAAUGAUUUGCCAAGACUGCAC